AUGGCCUUUUCACAAGCUGCGAACCUGGUAGAGCGCAUAAUCGGCCAUGAUGAUAAUGCCUCCAUUACCACGGAUAUCAGCAACUACAAUGAGACUGGCACGGAAACUAAUAACAAAAUUCUAGCGACCACUUGGCAAGGGAAGAACCAGGUGAAACUAGUACAAAUGCCAAAACCCUUAGUCGUUGACCCAGGAGAUGUCAUCGUGAAGGUGACAGGAAGCACAAUCUGUGGAAGCGAUCUCCAUCUUUAUCACGGAGUCAUUCCACAACUUCAAAAAGGGGAUGUACUAGGUCACGAAUGCUGCGGUAUAGUGGAAAGCAUUGGGCCCGAAUCAAAGAAGCUUAGCAUCGGUGAUCGCGUGGUCGUCUCGUUUCCUAUUGCCUGUGGCGACUGUAACAACUGUCGCCAUGAGCGGUUCUCCCAGUGCGAGAGAACGAACGAGAACAAAAUCGAGAAUGUGAUGUAUGGAAAGCGUACAGCUGGCAUGUUUGGGUAUUCUCAUUUCACUGGAGGCUUUGCUGGUGGACAGGCAGAGUACAUCCGAGUUCCAUAUGGAGAUGUCAACCUACUUCAGAUACCCGAUGAUGUUCCAGAUGAGAAAGCACUCUACGUGUCUGAUGUUUUGGCAACAUCCUGGCAUUGUGUCGUGGAUACUGGUGUUGAGAAGGGUGAUGUCGUCGGAAUCUGGGGUGCCGGGCCAAUCGGGCAGAUGUGCGCUGAAUUUAGCCUUCUUCAUGGGGCUAGUCGGGUGAUACUCAUCGACGGCGGGGAUGCCGCUUGGAGAUUGGCAUUCGUGAAGGAGAAACUGCCCAAGAUUGAAACUCUCGAUUUUUCUAGUCUACCUCGAGGAGAGUCUGUGACAUCUCAGCUGAAGCAGAUUGCACCAAGAGGUCUUGACGUUGCGCUUGAGUGUGCUGCUGGCGAGUAUGCAAAAGGAUGGGCUCACUACUUUGAGAUGAUGCUCGGGAUGGAGACGGAUACGUCUGAGCUUCUAAAUGAGAUGAUUACAUCUGUCCGGGCGUUCGGGCGAGUCGGCGUUACUGGCAUAUACGCUGGAUAUACUAAUCAUUUCAAUAUCGGUGCCUUGAUGGAAACUGGUGUACGCCUCAUUGGAAAUGGCCAGGCUCCAGUGCAUAAGUAUUGGGAGCAUCUCAUGAACCUCAUCCAGAAGGGAGAUAUAAACCCGCUCAACAUGGUGACCCAUCGACUUCGACUUGAAGAUAUUGAGAAAGUCUAUGAAGCUUUUGACAAGCGCGAGGGAAUGCAAAAGAUCUUCAUACAGACUAGACACUCUAACCCUCCUUCUACAGAUGCACUCAAGUCUACGAUAUAA